AUGCCCUUCCCCGCCGCGGGAGGAGCUGCAAAAGCCGGAGCUGGAGGCGACGGCGCAGGCUGGAGAAGAGACGCGGAAACGCAGGUAGGCGCGCCGGGGACGCUGGGGAUCCCGGUGAUGGAGGGACUCGGAGUGGGGUGAAGCGCAAGGGCCGGGAGAGGGGGCGCAGGUACCCCUCGUGAACCCCCCCGGUCUCCGUCGAAAGGAAGCGAUGGCGUGCGGGGAGGGGGAGAAGGGCGAAGGGAGCCCGUUGGCCGCCCCUUCCUCCUCUCCUUCUCGUGCGUAAAGGCUGAGCCCACACGCGCCACCGGGAAUCCAGAAGGGCAUUUGCCGCCUGACCCUGCCCCCCUCUCUUUACUCACGAGUCAGCCACAUUGGAUCCAGGGGGAUUAGUUGGCCAAAUCAGUGUGUAAACGAGGAUCAGGGGUCUGGCGAGCUCACGAGGUUUCCGCCAGAGUUCUCAAGGUUUUCUGAUCCCCGCACCAUCGUUUUUCGUGCACGGCCCAUAGCGAGCGCAUGUGGUCCUUUGGAACAGGAAGCUCAAUGGAGGAUGCGGAUUUACACGGAGUGAGGCAUGGAAGGCAGAAACGGCUAGGGAGAAACCGGGGCAAAGGGCUUCCUUUUUUCCACCCGCCUUGGAGAAUUAUUUACGUAGUUUAAGCUUUAUAGAAUAAGAGCUUAGUGGGGGCUUUUUUUGUUAUUUUUUAAGGUUGAUUCCUCCCAAGAGGUUACGGUUCGGAAAUGAAUGAUUGUGUACCCAGAGUGGGGAAGAUGUCACAGAGGGGAGGGAGAAAACUUGGGCAACGAUGAAAAGAGGGAAAACAGCAGCCAGUUGGUGGCACCUUAAAAAGUAACAUAUUUAUGGUGGGAGAGGCUUGCCGGACCGGACACCAGAGGCCACUUUUUAUCAGGUGUGAACUGCUCCUAUCAUUUCUCAGACUGAAGAUAAGCAGUGGCAUCAAAUGACAAAGCAAUGCAGAAAAUACAGUCUGUGCUGAUUUGAUCCAAGCUUUAAUUCAGUUGCCAGUAGUCUGUGGUUUUUUGCAUUUCGUUGCCAGUUUAGCCCACUGCUUUACCACACUUUCUCUCUGAAUGCCAAACUGAGGAUAACACUUCAUGUGUCUAUUCCAAGACAGCUUAUGCACUGUUAAUCUAUUACUCUUUAAGGGUCAUGAGUGGGGGCAGGGGAUACCUAAGCUGCUCCCUUUCUUUCUCAGGAGGACCCUGGGGUGGGUUAGAGGUCCUGGAUUCCAAACCAUUAGAUAUCUCUGACCCUGGGAGGGUCCCAGAAGGAUAGGAGAUGAGAGACACUGGAGAAGGCAAGAGUAAUAAGGAAUGCUUUGCUGUUGGGUCACAAAUGCAGUUCAAAGCUGAUGGGCUGGAGACACAUUGAUAAAAGAGAUGUCUGGAGAAGUUAUAAUAUAGAUCUUGGCUGAAGUACAGUAGUACCUUGGUUCUCAAACUUAAUCCAUUCCGGAAGUCUGUUCCAAAACCAAAGUGUUCCAGAACCAAGGUGUGUUUUCCCAUAGAAAGUAAUGCAAAAUGGAUUAAUCUGUUCCAGACUUCGAAAAACAACCCCUAAAACAGCAAUUUAACAUGAAUUUUACUAUCUAGCAAGACCUUUGAUCCAUAAAAUGAAAGCAGUUAACAAUGUACUGCAGUCACACAAUCAAUCAGUAGCUGUACUGGGUUCCACACAGUCACAAAAACAAAAUAAAAAAGCCGCAAAAACAGCAAAAUAAAUAGCAAAAACAGACAGACCUCAGCAUAACGCUCAAAAUGGAAGUGUGGCACUCAAAACGGAAGCGUAACACUCAAAAUGGAGCACAGUCAGCUUCCGAAAAACGUUUGCAAACCAGAACACUUACUUCCGGGUUUGCAGUGUUUGGGUUCCAAGGUGUUUGAGAACCAAGGUACCACUGUAAAGAGUUUACAUACAGUGGAUAACUAGAGAAGCUCAUGAGUGGGAACUGAACCUCUGAAAGGGGUUCUUCAAAAAUCUGACGCGAAAUGCUCAUUCCCUUUCCGCAGAGGAAUUUAUAGGGUAGGUGAUUCUACAAAUUGCAGAGUAACUUGCUCUUGCCCAUUUUCUUAAGGACUGCUGUCCUAAGAUCUAGAUUAAUUUUGCUUUCCUGGAGUUCAUUUUUUUUAAAAAAAUAAUAUUUAUUAAUAGUUUCAGAAUUAUAGAAAAAAACAAGAAGAAAAAAUAAAAAGCAACACUGCAAUACAAUUAAAAAAAAAACCAAUACAACAAUACAGCAAAAAGAUAGAAAAAAAGAAAAAAGAAACACAGAUCCCAAAUUACAUAUCUUUAACUUCCAUUUGCUUGUUUCAUUGACCUCCUCACACCUCCAUUUUUGUUUUCUAAUUUAGUUAGUUAUUUCAGCAAAUUCUUUCCAUCUUUCUCAAUUUUUGUUAAAAAUUUUAUCUUAACAAUUUAACCUAAUAAUUAGCUCAACACAUCCUUUCCAUCUUUCCCCAUAUUUUGUUAUUCAAAUUACCUUAAUUUAUUUAACCUUAUCUUACCAUAAAAUACCUUAAAGCUUAAAUCUUAAUUCUCAAAUAUACAUAACUCCUGAUAACAUUUCUGCUAGAGUCAUAUAGUUUCAUUCCAACAUUUCCCCUAAUAUUCAUUGAUUUUAAGCUAAUUCCCUAAAUAAAAAUUUUCUUUAUAAAUUUUCUUCCCAUCUUCAUCCAGCGUCUCUUCUUCCUGGUCUCGGGUCGUGUCAGACCAUACUGUCCAUUCCAUCUAGUCCAUCAACCUGGAAGUCUUAUGUCCGAGGCCCUUAAGUCUCUUCCAUGUCCCUUCUGCAAAUUUUCUUCUUAUUGUUUAUACUUGCCCUUUUCCUUGUCCUCUGUUGGUCUCUUUCUUAAUUUCUUUCCUUUCUCAUUGAGGAGUGGGUCUCUGGGGGGUUCCAACCCAAAAUUGUCUCCAUCUCCCUUCAUCAAACCCGCCCAUUCCCCACAGUCCCACUCCCCACAGUCAUCAAUGUAAUCCAAAAAGUAUUUAAAAGCAUAUUUCAAGGUCUCUCCACAGUUAGGAACCUUCUCAGCUCCAGACUCCCCCUGGCCCACUCCAACUUCAAUCUUCAAUGACAGCGGCUUAUGCUCCUGUAGGGCCUCGGGUCUCUCCAUUUGUAUUAUUUGAGGUGCAUCCGCAUCCUCCUCCAUUAUCUUCUGCACUUGCCCAGUCAGUACAGGAUCAUGAGUUGGUCCCUGAAUUGUUUCUGUCUCAAAGUUCCCUGUUUGUCCACAGUUAUUAACCACAACAGUCAUCAAGUCCAUUUUCUCGUUCAUCAAAUCCAUCUUCUCAUGCAUCUGUUCCAGCAAGGCACUUGUCUUGCAUAAAGCAAGCACCCAAUCUUCCUUCCAGCUCAUCUUUAAUCAAGGUCAGAAAAAGCUGUUCCCACGAUUUUAAUCUCACAGCUGUUGAGUCCUCAAGUAUUCUGCAGCAACAAAUUAACAAGCUCCCUCUAGAGGAGACAAUUUCUAUUUGUAUCCAUUUUUUUUUUAAGGCAAGUCCAACAAAGGAAAAUUAUUUUCAUUUUUCAGAUAUUUUUCAGAUAUUUUGUUUCUUUAGAAUGCAAAAGGCAACAUUGGAAUCAGUUUAUUUCUCUUCUUUAACUAUCUGUCAAAGUAUUCCAUUCACAGUCAAUGAACCUCUCCGACUAUUUCUGUCUCUGACACCCCGUUCCCAGGUUAGAGACGGUGGAAACUUAUCCUUCUUCACUCCCUCUCCUGCAGGGGUUAAACAAAGUCCCCCCCCCCUUUUCUCCUGCUUCCAAGGGGGUUUCAGUAAUUCUAAAUGAAGGAAAUUUAGACUUUUUUAACGGCUUUCCAGGCUUUAGCUUACAAAGUUUUGCUUUAGUCUAUAUACAAAAAGCGGAAGGCGGACUUCCUGUUUUGAACCUUCCCGCUUCGAUGCCAAAUUAAGAUAUUUCUUGAUCCAAUUUUCCGUUUCUACUCACGGGUACUUGUUUUAAAUCCAAUUGUCCACAGGAAAAAGUCGGCGCCCCAAAAUGGGGUUCCCGGUGAGUAGGGGGGGUGCUCCUGGUGCCCUGCCGAACCCCACGUUCCCAGGCUUCCUCCGCCUGGGAUUUCUAGCGGGUCCCCGCCUUCGCCGCGGCGGGAAGACCAAAUUUCCACGGAGCCCGUUCCUCCGGUCGGAGGAACUCCGCCAUUCACCGAUGGCGCUGACCCGGAAGUCUUGCUUUCCUGGAGUUCAAACCCUCUUUGUGAUUGUAAAUCCCCGGAGGUGGUAGAUUUUGAUACCCAUGUCCCUCCUGCUCCUUUAAAAGUUCCUCUCUGUUUCUGAGGUGAUGGCCAGCAGUUUUUAUACCUGUUUUAGUCAUUUGGAAAUUCAUCUAGCUUCUUGUUCCUAAAUUAUACACUGUCACAUCUUUUUGUGGUUUGAUCACAUGGCACCCUAUGACUACCAGUGCAUUCUGUUGCGCUUACCCCUCCCUUGUUUCACUGAUAUGCAGGUUUCCCGGAGUUCUUUCAACUUCUCUGGUUCUGAUUGACUGAAAAAUCCAAAUGGUCUAAUCUAGCACCUGCAUCAAUUUGGAGCUAUCUCAAAUCUUUGAAAUGCCUUAAAAAUAGACUUUUGUUGCUCUUAAAAAUUAAAUUAUAGUCAAAUUUCCUUGUUUUAAAACAAAGCUGCUUUAAAUGAAAUUUGAAUUCAAGGCAGGGGAGUUCAAAGUUUUCUUCCUUCUAUGUAGGAAGAUCUGAAUUACAAAUGAGAAACUUUAAUUAAAUCAACUAAUGCUGAGCUGGUGUGGUGUUGUAGUGACCAUGGAACUGAACUAUAUGGGUCAGGAAAUCCCUGGUAUAGAUCUUGGGCCUGUCAUGAGCUUACUUUGGAACCUUAGACAAUCAUCGGUCUCUUGCCCUUCACUUCUCAUAUGCAAGACAUGGGAUAAUAAUACUGACUUACCUUAAAAGGUUGUAGAAUAGGAGCAAGAAAAUGUAUGUGAAGUAUUUUGAAUAUUCUAAAAUGUUAUUUUGAUGGCUACAUAAUUGUUAUAAUUAUAAUAAUUAGUCUUGAAUUGAAUCCAUCCUGAACUAGACAGCACAGUGAAUUUCCAGAAGUGAUGCAAAAUUCCACACAACACCAGGAGAUCUGUGGUUGGGUCCUCCUGUUUUAUUUAUGUAUGCAUCCAUCCAUUUAUAUCCUGCAUUUUAAAAUGGGGCUAUGGUUUCAGCUUCUGGUCGAAGCACCACCACCAGAGGAUGGAGGGUUCUCACAUGCUGUUUUCCAAAUAUAAAUCAUCAGUCUCUUGCCCUUCACUUCUCUCAUACAAGACAUGGGAUAAUAAUACUGACCCACCUUAAAAGGUUGUAGAAUAGGAGCAAGAAAAUGUAUGUGAAGUAUUUUGAAUAUUCUAAAAUGUUAUUCCCACCCUAGUUGCUGGUAGCCUAGUGUGAAGUAAGAGUGCAGGUAGAAAUGGCUAGUGGCACCUUUGUAUCUCCAGCAUCUUGUUGUUUGAAUGGAAAGCUCUGAGGCAUGCAAAAACUCCUUUAAGCUCAGUUAUUGCCCUUGGAUUUUCUGUGUAAAGUGAAUGUCUGUAGUUGGCAGUUAAUAGAGGUAUUGUAGUGAGUCACAUGGACCAUUGUUUUAUCUUCUUAAUGUAUGGCUACAUUAGUAGUAACUGGGGCCACCUGGUUCUAUAGCCUGACAUGCAAGAGAAGUUGUUUUGAUGAAACUGGGCUGAGGAACGUUCCACAUUGGCAGCUUUUAUUUUUCUUAAAAUAUUGUUUAAGGGAGUCUUAAAAAAAUAAAAUGCAGAUAAACCUGACUCUGAGAAGACGAAUUAAAAUCAACAGACUUAAAAGUCAGUCGUAACCCUUGAUUUCAGUGGGUCUAUGGCCAGUGUGACUUGGUUAGAUAUAGCCUCUUGUUUUGACCUCAAGUUUCUAAAAUGAUUAAUUGAUGCUUGGUAAACUAUUUUGAAUAAUAAUACUUGCAGAUAAGUGUGGAGAGUCUGCUGAAUGGAGUUUGACAUCUAUCAUAAGCAUAAAGCACGACUCUUAAAUAGGCUUGCAGUAAAUCAUUUGCCUGAUUGCACGUGACAAGUAAAAAUUGCCUAUAGGGGACCUGCUGUACUUUUCCUAUGGUAGGGAAGGUGAGAUAGUGACCAAAUAUGCAUGUCAAUAACUUGUUUUCACCUUUUGUGGUAAGAGCUAACAAAGCUGGAAACCUUUAGUUAAUCACAUUUUCUGGUUUUAUCUGAACUAGGAAACUCUGGUUGCCAGCUUUGGAACAAACCAGCUUAUUAAAUUAGUGUCAAACUUUGACUUAAUAUCCCGGUGUGUUCUGAGGUGGGAACUAUAGUUUUCUUAUUUGGAUGAGAUAGAAAACUAUCGUUAUUUGGAUGUUUUAUGGUUUAAUCGUAGCUUGGGCAAAGGGGUUGUUCAUGUUUUGCUUAUUAAGCAAGGAACAUCAGAACUGGCGGCAAAAAAGUGCUGUGUAUGUGUGAUUUAUCUCUCUAAACUGAUAUAUCACCUUAAACGCAAGGGCUGCAAGUGGUGAAAUCUUACCUUUAUGGAAGAUUUCCUUUGGCGGCAUUAAAGGAACAAAGAUCGGAUCAGAAAACAUUUCCUGCAACUUUUACCUUCGUUAAUAGUCAACCGGAACAAAUCUUUUGAAAGAUACAGGUUUAAGGCAGCCUUUUUUUACCAUACAUCCUGAGAUGUUGUUAGAUUACAAGUCCCAUCCUUCCUAGCUAGGAAAACAAGUGGUCAGAGAUUAUGGGAGUUGUAGUCUAGCAACAUCUGGGGACCCAACCAAGAUUGAGAGAGGCUGGUUCAGAGAGUGAAGGGAACAGUUUGUGGUUUUGAACAAACCCUAUCCUCUACUUUCACAACUGUCAUCAGUCUGAAGUGGUGUAUUUAGAAAUGUUUUCUGGCAGCCAGGACACCUAGGGACUUGUUUUGUAAAAGAAAGAAGCGCUGUGCUUCUUAGAAUGAUUAUAAUUAUACAUCAUAUAAUAAAGAACGAUAAGUGCAUGGUCAUAAAAAGCUGAAGUACUUCAUACAAGUAAAUUUUGUCCUCUGCAGUCCGUUAGCCUGACACCAUGGUGGGUGAAGAAAAUAUCUCCGUAAGGAAUCGCCGAUCAACUUAUGAGACUGCAGAAGAGAAAGAAGACUUGUCAAAGAGGCAUGAAGCAGACUGGUCUUUCCCACAAUCAAGCAAUGGUGAGAUUUCUUCAUCAGUAACUGCAGAGAUCUUACCUGAUUUAGCAGAUGAAAUGAUAAGCAGUGAAAUGAUUUUAAAUCUGCAUGUGAACAAAAGAGCUGAAGUACAGUAAAUAUGAAUCCAAUUGUUUCCAGUGUUCACCAUGUUCAGUGGGUUUACUCUGAAUCAAACUUUGUUGACUACAACCCAGUGCAUGUAUCUUUGGUGGUGUAGUUCAACGUGGUACUCAGCCAGUUCUGAGCGUGUUUGCCUUGUGCUAAUAACUUGACCUUAGCACUGUAUUUGUUCCCUGACUAGUUUUCUUUUAGCUGUGUGCCAAAUUUGUGAAGCCAGCGGAGGGGAUUCUUCUAGAGAACUAGUAUGACCUGACUAGGAAACGUAUCUAUACCUAAAUUAUCCGUGUUGUAGUUUUUGUUUCAACAGCUACCAGAUAUUUGCCUCAAGAUGUGAAUACUGGCAUUCAUUGCUAAGCUUGUUUACUCAAAUUCAAGCUGGGUGUGAAACUGCCUUCUACUGAGUUGGACCAGCAGUUCAUCUGACCCAGUACUGCUUACUCAGACAGGCAGUCCCUAACUCUUCAGACCCCCUUAUUGUGAUCGGAUGGGAUUCCACCAAGUCUUUGUGUACGCAGAAUGAUGGCCACUCGCCCAACCAGCCCUGCCCACGGGCCUUAGGUUGCCAAUCCCUGGUGUAGAUGCAAUUAUGAGAUUUCUUCAUCAGUAACUGCAGAAAUCUUAUGUGAAUAAAUAUAAGAAUUUAUCAGUGGAUUUAUUUUGAAUCUGCAAAUGAGCAAGAGUACAGUAAAUACGAAUUCUUCCUCAGUUCUUAUAUAAUGGAUUGUUUCCAGUGUUCACCAUGUUCAAUGGGUCUACUAUGAGUAAAACUUUGUUUCAUGUAUUUUGGUUCUGCAAUCUUUCUGGACCUGUUGGCACAUCUGUAAAGUGGAUUAAUUGUUGUAUUGCUACAAACACCCUACAACAAAGCACAUCUUGUAAACUAUCUUUGUCUUUCACAACAAAGCACAUCUUGUAAACUGUUUUAUCAUUUGUAAUAGGAAAAAAUGCUGCUUUCAAGCCAAGUUUCGGUGUGUGGGUUGUGGGUGUGUAAUAUUGUGGGUGCCUGGGAUGGGCUCUGCUGACUCAUGCACUUAGGGUUGUCAUAUCGAUGACCACUGGAUUCUAACCAUAGCUGAGAACUCAAAUGAUGAAUUGAGUUAUGAUGAAUUUGCAUAGCUGGCAAAUUGUGUUUUCAAGCUGCUCCUGUUUUCUAUCCUCACAGCACUCAACAUUGUAAGCUCAGUCCUGUUUGAAAGCUCAGACCCUGUCUCCAGGGAACAGGACCUUUGGGAGCCUGAGCCAUGGCCCUAAUUGCGGUUUGCCAAUCUCAAAAAUAUGCCAAACCAUCUUUAUAUUUCCUUAGCCAUGGGUUGGUGUGAUGUCUGAAGUGAGCCAAAAGAGGCUUUUUUCCUGGAUUGAUUGAUCGAUUAUUUAUUUAUUUAUUUGACCACUUAUUCCUAAGUGGGCCUAAGUAAUUAUUAAGCGGCCCUGUUCUUAGUUUAGCACCUUUUUUGUUUCGGAUAAAAGGUCUAAUGAGUUAAAAAAAUCCAAGCCUGAUGUGAAGAAUCUGCCUUGGUUCGCAUCUCGUUUUAUGUCAUUUCUUGGGUUUUGGGUGGAAAGAAGCCUUCAUGGAAACGGAAUGUUCUGUCACCGGAGUUUGAUUGGGGAUUGGGCUGGUGUACCACUAAAGAUAAUAUGCAAGGGUAUGUAUUCCUGGAAGGGCUUUGAAAAUGCCUUUGUCCUUCUCUCAAAUAGUGUUGGGUUUCAGCUGUGACUAAUCUGUCUUGAGGAAAGCAUGUGGGAUCUUUGUCUUGUAGUCCGGGACUUGCAAGACCGUGGUAAUUUCCCAAGGUGGAGGUUACUCCAGAUCAUUCCUUAGUGUUGCAGACACAAAUGAUAUGUCAGAAGAAUGAAUGUGCAGGGGGAAAUUGAAGCUGAGGAGGAAGAGGACAUAGUUGGUUAAUAUUAAACACAGGCUCAUUUGUUUUUUUCUUUGGAAAGUUACUUCUCUUUCUCGUUUCCCUCCUGCCUUUCCCAUCCGUUCAGUGGCUUGUCAUUACUAUUUAAAUACGUCGCAAUUUAUUUUUAUGUUAUUUUUAGCCUGCUUUUCAGGCAGUGGGGGCUCCCAAAGUAGCUUUCAUACACUCCUCAGUUAAAAAUUAGCAUCAGUGAAAUAUUGUUAAAAUGACCACAAACAGCUAAUCAAAUAUCAAGAGAAAGUACAGGUAACUCUUUUUAUAUAACUCAUUAAAGCCAGAGUUUCCUUAAUGCUUGGGCUAUGCUAUAAACACUUUGGCAAAGAAGAGAGAUAUGUGAUGUUCCUUCAGAUAAUGCUGUGUGUUGCAGGUAACUUUUCAACUUGGUACUCAGCCAGCUCUGAGCGUGUCUGCCUUGUGCUAAUAAUCUGACCUUAGCACUGUAUUUUUCCCCUUAACUGAAUAGUUUCUCUUUUAGCUGUGCUUCAGCUCUGUGAAACCACUGUAGAGUAUUCUCACUAGUGUUCUAGUUUUACCUGACCAAGAUACAAAUCCAUAGCUCACUCAUCGGCAUUGUACUUUUUAUUGAAAGAGGUACCAGACAUUUGCCCCUGGGUGUGAAUACUGGCAUUCAUUGCUAAACAUGUUUACUCAAAUUCAAGCUGGGUGUGAAACUGUCUUCUACAGUGGUACCUCAGGUUAGGUACUUAAUUCGUUCCGGAGGUCCGUUCUUAACCUGAAACUGUUCUUAACCUGAAGCACCACUUUAGCUAAUGGGGCCUCCCGCGGCUGCCGCGCCACCGGAGCACGAUUUCUGUUCUCAUCCUGAAGCAAAGUACUUAACCCGAGGUAAUAUUUCUGGGUUAGUGGAGUCUGUAACCUGAAGCGUAUGUAAGCCGAGGUACCACUGUACUGAGUUGGACCAGCAGUUCGUCUGACCCAGUACUGCUUACUCGUGACAGGCGGUUGCUCUUCAGACCACCUUAUUGGGAUCGGGUGGGAUUCCACCAAGUCUUUGUGUGCGCAGAAUUAGGUCCACUUGCCCAGCCGGCCUUUCCCUGUCACGGAACGCAUUAAUCUGCUCUGGAAGGUUGGGGGGGGGGUUCUCCUCAGAACAGGUUUAGGGGCCAUGCAGGGGAAGAGAGAGGGAAAAGUGUCAUUGCACGAGUGAACCUCAUACCCCACAGACAUACCCAACUUAGCACUAUGUUGAAUUCCACCCAUCAUUUGCAACUGUAGAUGCCAGAGCUUGAACCUGGGGUUUUCUGCUUGCAACACAUGCAUCUUCCAAUGACCUGAGCUGUGCCCCACUUUCCAGGUCCCUCUGUCAGGUGUACUCUCUGUCUGGGCUCAGUAGACUGUAUAUGGGUUGGACCCACCACCCCAUUCACAAAAGAGGACACCAAUUUGCGUGUGCUUUAUGUCAUAUUCCAGCUUAUGUCCCACUCUGGAAAUAGGUUAGGGGCUAAACACAAGUAAUAAGAUGUCAAACAAACAAAAUGUAAGCUUCCUCCAGAAAUGUAUUUUCAUACUAGGCAAAGUUUGACUUGUUGAGUUUCUGCAGGGAGAGUAUUGUGCCUGAGAAAGCAUCAGCUACAACAGCUCCAGUCUCUUGUGGGAAGGGAUUUAAGGAUGUGGGGGUGGGUGCAGUUAAGCAGAUUGCAACAACAACAUGGGGUGUGUGAUCAAUUGCUUUCCCACCCUGGGAGUAGUUGUUGCUGGUGUGAACACUUAAAUGGGUAUAUUCACGUCAAAGGCUAACCACUUUUUUAACUCAGGUAAAGAAAAGAGUUGUCAUGUGACCUGGAAUAAUAACCUUGCUAUAAUGAUUUAAACUUCAUAACUAACAAGAAAUACUGAUGGGAUGCCCUGGUUGCUUUUUGUCAGUUUAAUUCUGAGUUUAUCCAAGUAUAUUGUUUCCAAUUUGAACCAUUUUGUCUCAUAUAGCAAGCUAAAUAAUUCACAUAGCAAGUUCUUCAUUUAGCAAACCAGCAGUUUAAGCACAACCACAGCCAUUCCCUGCACCUUCUUUCAUACUUAAGAGCACCUCAAAACAAAGCUAAAGGGAAAUUCAUUAAUAAAAGGGAUCUUUAUUUAUCCUUUAGUAAUAUGAAUGUUCCCUUCACUAGUUUGGGCUGGAAUUUCAUUCAACAUGUGCCCACUAAACUGAUAGAAAGGUCAAGAGUUUCUUCUUAGUGAUGAUGUAAUAAUAAAAUAGACCACGGGUUCUGCAGUUUGUCACACUGGUUUAGUGACUCAUUUCUGACAAAUCUGGAAGAACAUUAGUAAAUUCAACUUUCUGUCCUGUGGUUCCAUCCAAGUUUGGCAAUAGGUUGACUAUGCAGUCUUGCAUUACAGAGUUUGAAUUAUAUAUACACGACAUGUAGCACAUAUUAAUGCUGACCUGGCACACAAGCCCAUUCUAUAUGUACUCUCUGGCUUGCUGGUGUAGAUCAGGCAUCGACAGCCUUUCCUUGCCUCGGGCCGGUGUCUCCAGCGAUGAUCAUGCGGAGGGUGGGGGAGCACGCGCCCGUCACACACGCUAUUUCCAGCGCACUUUUGGGUCAGAGGAGCACCGGAAAUAGCUUGUGCGCACGCGCACGGGCCUCCUCCAACCCAGAUCUGCACCGGAGAUGGCAUUUGUGCACACAUACAGGCACUCCAGGGACGCGGGUGGUGCUGUGGGUUAAACCACAGAGCCUAGGACUUGCUGAUCAGAAAGUCGGCGGUUCGAAUCCCCGCGACGGGGUGAGCUCCCGUUGUUCGGUCCCUGCUCCUGCCAACCUAGCAGUUCAAAAGCACGUCAGAGUGCAAGUAGAUAAAUAGGUACCGCUCUGGCGGGAAGGUAAGCGGCAUUUCCGUGUGCUGCUCUGGUUCGCCAGAAGCGGCUUAGUCAUACUGGCCACAUGACCCGGAAGCUGUACGCCGGCUCCCUCGGCCAAUAGAGCGAGAUGAGCGUCACAACCCCAGAGUCAGUCAUGACUGGACCUAACGGUCAGGGGUCCCUUUACCUUUACAGGCACUCCAAGCCUAUUUCCAGUGCACAUCCGGUUCGGAGGAGGCCCAUGCUCAUACGCACAAGCUAUUUUUGGUGCUCCUCUGACCCAGAUGUGGGUCCCCGCGCCAUGCCGGUAAGAGCGGGCAGGGCGGCGGGGGUCACCAUGGGCCAGAUAAACCCAUAAAGCCUUAUCCAGCCCGCGGGGCCUUAGGUUGCCGAUCCCUGGCGUAGAUGCAAUGAUGAGAUUUCUUCAUCAGUAACUGCAGAAAUCUUAUCUUAUUAACUAUAAGAUUUUAUUUUUGAAUCUGCAAAUGAACAAAAGUCCUAAAGUAUAAUAAAUACGAAUUCUUCCUCAGUUCUUAAAUAAUGGAUUGUUUCCAGUGUUCACCAUGUCCAAUGGGACUACUAUGAGUAAAACUUUGUUACAACCCAAUACAUGUAUUUUGGCUUUCCGAUCUGUUGGCACAUCUGUAAAGUGGAUUAAUUGUUCACACCCUACGACAAAGCACAUCUUGUAAACUAUAUUUGUCUUUCACGACAAAGCACAUCUUGUAAACUAUUUUAUUGUUUGUGAUAGCAAAAAAUGCUGCUUUCAAGCCAAGUUUCAGUGUGUGGGUUGUGGGUGUGAUAUUGUGGGUGCCUGGGAUGGCCUCAGCGUACUCGUGCACUUAGGGUUGUCAUAUCGAUAACCACUGGAUUCUAACCAUAGCUUAGAACUCAAAUGAUGAAUUGGGUUAUUAUGAAUUUGCAUAGCUGGCAAAUUGUGUUUUCAAGCUGCUCCUGUUUUCUAUCCUCACAGCACUCAACAUUGUAAGCUCAGUCCUGUUUGAAAGCUCAGACCCUGUCUCCAGGGAACAGGAUCUUUGGGAGGCUGAGCGAUGGCCCUGAUUGUGGUCUGUCAAUUUGAAAAUAAAACCAUGUAUUUACAUAACUCUCCUCCUUCGUUCUGGGUGCAUGUAAUGUUCUCUUUAUUUUUCGGUCUUGAAUUUAAAGAUUUUCCUACCCCAGGCCAUUUUAUGAGAAAAGCGUAGGCACACCCUUCUGAAUGCUUGUUUGAUGAGAGGAAUGUCAAGAAGAACCAUCUAACUGCAAUUCUGCAGAAACAAUUUUGUUUCUGUUUUCAGAAAAACUUAUUUCUAUGCAUUGUACACUCGUGUUGUCACAGUUGAAUGUCUUGUGUGCACCGUCUCUGCCAUCUUGCUCUUACUUGGCUAGUGAACUGGUGCCUGGGCUGUACCACUUGAGGGUGCAGGGGGCAAGCGGUGCAUGGACGGUUGAAUCCUACAGAUGUCCGGCAGGUGGCCAAGCUAGAAUCCUUCUCCCUAGCGCCUCCUGGGUUUUUUUAGUAUUUGGGUAGAUAUGUUUAAAUGAUCUGCUGCAAUUAACUACAGUUUUAAUGCACUCCAGGAAGGGAAUCCUUGGAAAUUGGAAAAGGUUGUACAUAUUUCCUUUUGGUCAGUAGCGGACAACUAAUACAGGUACAUCUGGGCAGGGGAAUAAGUGAAAGUUUUGGGGGCUAGUAACUUUUGUGGACUUAUUUGCAGCACUGAUUUUAAAACACCGUAUAUACUAGAGUAUAAGCCAACCCGAAUAAAAGCCGAGGCACCUAAUUUUAGCACAAAAAACUGAGAAAACUUAUUGACUUGAGUAUAAGCCUGUUCACCACACCACAAACCUGGUGGCGGCAGCGGUGGCGGAGGCAGGACCAACAGCGAGAAAGGGCUCCUUUCGGGCCACUCAUCCCUUCGCCGCCGCCCACCUCACUUGAGUAUAAGCCGAGGUGGCUUUUUCAGCAUAAAAAAUGUGCUGAAAAAAUCGGCUUAUACUUGAGUAUAUACCGUACUUUAAAUUUCCAGUUUGCAUACUUUUCCUGUUUUGCCUUUCAUACUUGUAGAAAACUUAUACCCAGUAUUUAUUGUCUUUAUUAUUUACAUUACAAUAACGAUUUGUUUUUUUCUCUUAGGUCGUGUUGACAUUGACCAUUUGGUCACUCGAAAGAUGCAACUUUUGGUGGAGGCUGAGGUAAACUUAUCUGAAUUGUAGUUAAUAUGAGUUAACAAGGAGGAAUCCCUAGACAGCAAAAGAAACCUCCCAUUUGUGACAGAUCUAUUCAUAGAAUGGGCCUGUUAGAAAUCCUAAAUCUUGUAAAUUGGGAGUCACUGAAACUGGGGCUACUGAAAGAUUUCCUCAAAUGCAAAAAUUAUAAACAAUGCUCACUUUCCUGUGAGCUCUUAUAAACUGGAGAACUAUCUAAUCAUGCUUCCUGAGAAUAUCAAAACUAGGGCUUCUGACAUUUUAUUUUAUUUGAACCAUUACAGUCCUUUGUACUUUUAUUAUCCCCAACCCUUCAAAUGUUCAUGCUUUUCUCUGAUGCCGUAGAUACCUUCAGCUGCUGUUGUAGGGCACAGGAGGCAGCUGGGCUGCUUUCCUCCUCUAGUCUGUUAGCAAGUGGGAUGCUUAAGGAAUUCAUUCUUUGUGAAUUCCAGCAUGAAUAACCUGAUUUGGUUUGAUCCCCGGAGGCACACUCCAUUGUCUCUUGAGACAGAUGGAUGCCAACAAUAACAACCUGAUCUGCACCUCCUGGCCAGAUUGAAACUUAAACCAUUCACCCACUUCCACCUUUCUCAAAUAUUCCAGCUCUUCGCUAAGAAAGCAUAUCAAAAUGCAUUUAGAAAUAUUGAGAAAUGUGUGUUUAAUUGCAUUAAAAGAAAAAGCAGGACAAAAGAGAAUUGUGAGUGCAUGAGAAAGCAGAUAAGUUCUCAGAUAUUUGCUGUUGUAUGUGAAAAAUAAAAGUCUUUUAUUUUAAGAAGACUGGUUAUCCAUCUCACAGACUGGCUAUCCAUCACUAGCCAAAGCAUUGCUGCUCAUAUUUAGUGCAGCUAGAGCCACAAGAGCUGCAUAUCCAUGUUUUUGUAAACUGGGACUGGAAGGCUGUGGGAUUAGGCUGUUCCGGCAUGCUACUGCUUUGGACUAUUGCUGGUACACUUUUGAGUCUUUGAACUUAUCAGGAAUUAAAUAGUGGGAAGAUGGUGGAGAAGCUUCCCUGGUAAUCGGCUUAUCCACCUACCAGCUUUUUCCUGGUAGUGAGCAGAUAGAGAUCAGGAUACAUCUUCCUAGUUUCAGGUGGGGCAGCAGUGAAGCCCAACAGGUCUUGCCAGCAUGUCAGCUGCAGGGAAAAGGAGCCGCAAAGUACACACAGUCCUUUCCUCUUGGGGCUGUGUCUGCAAUAUUUGAAUGGAUAACAGCAGGUGACCUCAAUCCCCAGGCAAAUUCCCAGGGCUACAUGGAAAGCAAGAACUCUGUUGUUGCUCAGGUGCUGUUUGCCCUGUGCAGCAGAAACCCUGUAGCUUGCUUUCCCUUCUCUUGGUUCUUUCUCUUUGUUUAUUUUUCACUCUCUCUUGGCAUCAUUCUUCGUUGACUGUGUGGAGCGGCAAUGGCAGUUCAAUCAGCCCUUUAAUUUGUAAACAAACAAACAAAACACCCUGUGCUUUGUGAACACCCUGCGCUAAGCAAAGCAGCCCGAAAACUUGCUACCACACUACCACACUUGUUUGCUCUUCUUGCUUAAUGUUAGUCAUCACAGCUUCUGUUUUUUAAUAACUCUGGAAGUACAAAUGUAUUCCUCUCUACUGUUGCUGCCCUUGCCCCUUGCCCCUUUUUGUUGGGUUCUGCCGGCCAGGGCGCCACCUCUGAAGCAACUUCAUUAAGCGGUUAGCUGUUCAUUUUUAAAGAAUCUUUGUGUGUAUGGUGGGGAGUUAACCAGAACGGAGCAUUUUGUGGGUGACCAUGGUGCCUUCUUAUAUCCUGUUCUUGGACUUGUCAGCUUUCCUUAAAUUUAAUAGACUAAUAGAAUGUGUUUUGCAUACGGUUGGUAUUUGACUAGUAUAACAAAAACAAAACAAAAAGGCCCUGCAGAACAAGUCAGUUUUCUGGUCAGAUUUCUGUCAGAUAUGUUGAGUGAGUUUAUUUGUAAGCAAGAUGGGAGGCAGCUAGGCUAACUAUGAUUUUCUUAGAAAGGCUCUGCAGUUGGCUACUUUGCUUCCUCAUUCUUGGGGAGCUGCUGAUAGGUGGUUUAAACCAGGAAUGGGGAACCAGAUGUUGCUGGACUAGGAAGUCCUAUCAGCGCUGACCAUUGUCCUCACUGGCCGUGACUUUGACUGGGGUCCAAGAAUAUGUCGUCAGUUGUCAGGAAAUGAGACACGUUCAUGAUUUGUUGUUAGCAUGGUGUUAGGAAGUCAGCCUUGCAUUUGAAGGUAAAGAGUAACAUGCCAUUUUAGCAGGCAAAACUUAACAAUUAUACUUAAGGUGUUCUCUUUCCUAUUCCUUCCUUCCUCCAAAUAUUAUCAGCAAAUGAAGCCAGCUUUCAUGCAGCGAAUCGACAGCCACUUUACAGAAUUCGUAAAUGGCUUGAUUGCAAAGUCCGUGCAGCUUGAGUCUUCGCCCCCUGCCUUCCCAGCCGCAUGCUCAGAGAAAGACGGUGGCUUCAAAAGCAAGUAUGUUGGUUCUUGGCUGAAUCUGAAGCAGAGUCCAUUUGUUGUUUUCUCUUUCUUUUUUAAAAAAACUACAACUACUCUGCUGAAUAUUUGUUCUUUUCACAGAGGAUCAAGAGCACCUCCAGAACAUGGAAAAGUUUUUGUUGCUAGAAAGUCUGUCUUGGAGUGAGUAUGUUAAUCAGAUUGUAAAUUUCACUAGUGCCCUUGCUAAAGUUAAAGUUACCUUCAUCCAGUGGGUGGCUUAUCUCCAUAUCUUGCUUCUUCCUCCCAUUCAUUUUUAUACUGUGUAGACUGAAAGCAGGUAUUCCUAAUCUUUUUAAGUGCUCCAGUCAAUUGGCUAUUGCACAUCCCAGAUUCUAACAUGGAUAUGGCUGUUCUGUAGAAACUGAUCUACAGACCAGAAGUGUCUAUUGCUAAGCAAUCCAGCCUCCUCAUGGGUGGUCUGGUUCUCCAGUAAAGUUUGCGCCUAUCUAGUAGCAAGGGCUUCACAAUGAGCAAACAGGUGCCCUAAUAGAACCAGGCUGGUCUGUCCAUCUAGCCCAUAAUUAUCUACUCUGACUGGCAGUGGCUUUCCAAUGCUUAUUGCAGUGGCCUUUCCCAUGGCAAUUUACCCGAUCCUUUUAAACUGGAGGCUGGACCCAGGACCUCCUGGAGGCCAUCUGUCCCUGAGUUCCUCUUCCAAGGUGUAGCAAGAGCUUUAUAUGCAAAUGCAAAUAUCUAACAUUAAACUUUGGUACUGCUGCUUGAGGAGUCUGGGAGGAAGAGCAGAUACUAGUUAGAAUUAUCCAUACUUGGAACUCCAGCUCUAAGUAAACCAGUCUGCUAGAAUUGUUGCUGAAACGCACUUCAGUUUUGUCUGUUUUCCUUGGGAGCAGAAUGCCAGUUGCCCCUCCAUUCUUGAAAUCCAUCACAUUUCAGGGACACUGUCCUGCAGCACACACGCUCAAGGUCUAGGCGAGCAUUAAGAUGUGCCUUGUUCCAACUCUGGUAGAUAAGAAUGUUAUUGGUUGUUUUACUUGGCUCAGUUGAAGGUCCUAUCAGGUUGUUGUUUUGUUCCAGAAGAUGCCUACCAAGAUAUUUUGUUGAUUUGGGAACAAAAUUUCCAAUACAGUCGUACGGUGGAUCUCAAAUGCCUUGGCUCCUGAACCAAUUUGCUCCCAAACAAUCGAAACCCGGAAGUGAGCAUUCCGGUUUUCAGACUUUUUUGGAAGCUGAGCGUCUGGCACGGCUUCCGAUUGGAUGCAGGACACUCCUGCAGUCAAUCAGAAGCUGUGCCUUGGUUUUCAACUGGUUCCGGAAGUCGAACGAACUCCCAGAACGCAUUCUGUUCGAGAACCAAGGUAUGACUGUACUGGCAAUUGUUUGGGCUUUCCUGAUCCAAAACUGUUGUUUCUGCCGGCCGUUCAUUUGGGCUUCUUUCUUUCUUUCUUUCUUUCUUUCUCUCUCUUUUUAGGGUAUUUUUAUUUAGAUCUUGUUAAUAAAAUAUGGAAAACACAAACAAAUUCUCGCUGCAAAACCAGACUUCGCCAUGUUAAUCCAGAAUGUAUUUUGCAGUUUAAAUUUUAUUUCCUUCACCCCCAAUAUGUCAGUAAAACUCCAAGCCACCAUUCUUUAAGUCAGGGGCAGCCAAUAUGGUGCCCUCUAGAUCAGGCUUCCUCAACCUCGGCCCUCCAGAUGUUUUUUGGCCUACAACUCCCAUGAUCCCUAGCUAGCAGGACCAGUGGUCAGGGAUGAUGGGAAUUGUAGUCUCAAAACAUCUGGAGGGCCGAGGUUGAGGAAGCCUGCUCUAGAUGAUGCUGGACUGCAUCUCCCAUCAGCCCCAGACAACAUAGCCAGUGGUCAGAGAUGAUGGGAAUUGUAGUGUGGAGGGCACCAUGUUUGCUACUCUUACUUUAGGUGAAGGUUGUUAAUCUUUGUAUAAAAUGCAGUGGGUUUAGUGUUAACUUGUGCCAUUUCCCCACAGGCAUAGUGUUCCACAUAAAAUCCAAAAACAGUAUUGGGGAGUUCAAAAAAAUGCUUUGCAAGCUGUAAACAUGCAGCUCCCAUUUGGGAAAUUGUUAAGUUCCUCUUGACUUCCUGUUGAAUUACUUCAUUUUCCAAAUUCCCUUUUGCUAAAUAUAGAGAAUAAUUGUAUGAGCAACUGCUGAACCAAAACUUCCUAUCCUCUGGGAUGUGAGACAAGGGCACCACAGUGGGAGACAGUUUCUUGUAACCCAUGGAGCAUAAUCCACUAGGAAGUUCUCCUGUGCAAGCCCCACAUUAGAGGCUGAGGAAGAACUGCUCUUGUGCAGCUUCCAUUCAUCUGAGCAGGAGAAUUUUCCAGUGGGUUGUACUCCACAAAUAAGGGGAGUCUGUCUGUGUGCCACUUAGAUUUUCUGUCUCUCCUGCAAAGUGUUCCUCAAAACAAUGCUUGUCAAAGUAACAAUGCUAGUUACUUUGGUGGAUGUAAUGUUGAACCAUCAACCAACAGUAUAGGUUUCUCACUUCUUUUAUAUACUGCCUAGGAGAAGCCAUGACGUAAUGGUACAUUGGCCCAUGUAGGUUCAGACUUGGAUACAAUACAGUCCUGUGUUCUCCAGGGCUCCUUUGGAGGCCGGGUGGGAUUAUCAAUUUAAUAAUAAAUGAAUAAAAAGCACUGUGAACCUCUGAGAUCCUAGUAUUUACAUAGCAUGGAGUGGAGAUUACAAAAGGCUUCAGUCGGUGCAAAAUUGCAGAAUGGCUGUGUGAAAUGAGGUCUAGAGCAGCUCUGUGGAGCUUCUGGCCUGUUCUGGCAUCCUAAUUUGACCCGCAAGGCCACCUUCCUCAAACUGGGUGCACCUGUGGGACAGGUAAAGAUGUAGUUCCCUACUGAAAGCAGGUUUGCUGGCACCACCAAUCAGCUGAUUGGCAGUGUCAACGAAGUCCUGUGCCUUUGCUUAUGUGGUUUGAUUUCAAACCACGCAGGCACAGGAAACUGGGUUUGUUGGCACAGUUGACCAUUGGUGCCUGCAAUGCCUUGUCCCAGUUUUGAUUUCAAACUGUACGGGCAAAGGAAAAGACUUGCCCUGAUGUCCUGGUUAUGGCAGAUGAUUCAGAUUUGAAUGCUCCCCCCCCCAUCUGUCAGAAUGGCCCAUGCGGGUUGGGGGAACCAAAGCAUUCAGCCUGCUGGUUCGAAACAAUUCUAGAAUCUCCUUGUCCUAUACAGCUGCACUUCUUCCCACGGUUAAACCCCCCCCCCCAAUGGUGAUGGUCCUAUGUAUGCUGACAGAUGGAUUUUGUAGAAAAUAUUCAGAGAAAUUGUACACUGAGAGUGCUCCCACAUUACAUUUGAAGGUGGAAAAACUUUCAACUCCUAAAUUUAACCACUGGAAGUCCUGGACUUGCAUCUAGAUUGAGGGGAGUUUGUUGUCAAAGUGAAAUGUUCUAAUGUAUUUCAUAUACUUUUUUUCCUCAGUGAGCUAUUUGAAGUGGAACACAUCCGGACCAUAUAUCACAUGUUCAUCGCUCUCCUCAUCUUGUUCAUUCUCAGCACCCUCAUAGUAGACUUUAUUGAUGAAGGAAGGUAGGAAAACAUUGAAGGGAUCAGCUGGAGUUUGUUUUCUGUGUGUUGGACUUGAGACAUUUAAUAGAUAAGAUAAACUUUAUUCGCAUUAGCCAACGGCCAUAGCGACAUAAAACAAGCAAUAUAUGGAAAUAAAAAGACUGCAGUGGGUACAAAGGGCAAUCAAAUGACCAAGAUUAUCGUUCAGAUAGUGGCCCUUAAUCUCCUUGCACAUUUAAUAUUUGAACCAAUGAAAAUGUUUUGCUUUGUUUGGGUACAGGCAGGUGGAGGGGGUGUAGAGAGUCCUGUUGCACAAGAGGGAAUCCUUGCGGUGAUGGGCUGCUUAUUUAGAGUUGCGUUGAACCCAUCAGGCAUUCAGAUGAUGAUAGUACCUCACCCAUCUGCCUGAGUUUCCCCAGCCACUCUGAGUGGAUUACAGCACAUAGGAAAACACCAAACAUUAAAACCUUCCUGAUACGGGCUGGCCUUCAGGUGUCUUCUAAAAGUUGUAUAGUUCUUUAUCUCCUUGACCACGGAUGGGAGGGUGUUCCCCAGGGAGGGUGCCACUACCGAGAAGGCCCUCUGCCUGGUUCCCUGUGACUUCACUUCCUGCAGUGAGGCAACCACCAGAAGACCCUCGGAGGUGGACCUCAAUGUCCAGGCUGAACAAUGGGGGUAGAGAUGCUCCUUCUGAUAUUCUGGGCUGAGACCAUUUAGGGCUUUAAAGGUCAGCACCAACACUUUGAAUUGUUCUCGGAAACGUACUGGGAGCCAGUGAAGCCCCUUUAGGACCGGUGUUACAUGGUCCUGGCGUCCGCUCCCAUUCACCAGUCUAGCUGCCGCAUUCUGGAUUAGUUGUAGUUUCCGAGUCAUUGGUCAAAAUCAAGCAGCACUUAAAAUCCAAGUUCUGCAUGCAAAGUCUUGGAAGAUGUGGAGCCCUCCCAGUACUAACUGAAGGGCUGCAGGCUAUGCCACAAUAACUACAGGUUUCCCCACAUGCGUGGGCUUAUCCAAGGGGUCCUGAAUCUCUGUAGGGGUUGUAUCUGUAUCUCUGUGUUUGCUUUCUUGCUUUAGAGUGUUCUGUGCAGUAUAAAACCUUAAGGGUGUAUACUUUAGUUCAGUAUUUGUUUCAUAAGAUUUAUACAGUACACUGCCUGAUUCUAAAAGGAACCUCAAAGCGGUUUACGAAAGAUAAAACAAGAAAAUCAUUAAAAAAUCACAACCAUACUCUAAAACAUGCAAAACUUAGAAUACGAAAGCAGAUUAAAAUUACCUCAACUUUCAUUAUAGAAUUCCUUAGCUGUUUCUGAUUUUACCUGAUGGAAUAUAUAUUUUAACCCAAGUAUAUGAUUUUAACUUUCUGUGUUGUUUGAAUCUCUUUUGAAGGUUGGUGCUGGAGUUUGAUCUCCUGGUCUACGCUUUUGGCAAAUCUUCUGUCGUUUUUUCCACUUGGCUUUACAUGUUCCUGUCCACCCUGACUGUGCCCUAUGGGCUCUUCCUGCUGUGGGCCCAGGGCUACCAUAGUUCCUCCCACAAGACAAUCCGCUCCGCUUUCUUUGGGGGUCUCUUCACGAUCUUCCAGAUAUUUGGGCUUGGAGUGGGACCAGCUUACAUAGCCGUCGCCUACAAUUUACCACCAGCCUCUGCUUUCAUAGUGAUACUUGAGCAGGUGAGUUUCAUGUGGAGAGCUAGUUUCUUCUGGAUGUAGCUAAAGGUCAUUUCACAAAGCUUGAAUUAGCAAAAUGCUGCUUUAUGCCAGGAUCUGAGUCCUUAGCUAACCUGUAAUUUUGUGUACACAUUCUACUUUUGCUUCUGCCUGACUUGGGGAAAUAUUAACGGCGACAAGUUUUCAUUUUUUCCAAGAGAUUGAGCCUGAGGGUGUUAGAAAUGGUCAGAUGCAAAAAGAAACUCACCAUAAUUCUUAAGGUCUAGUAGGUACUUCUGUUUUCAGAUACACUGAUGGUUUAAACCACUAAUAACUUGCUGCAAACACCCUCUUUUUGAGCACGAUGAAGGAGAGAGUAAUGCCAGUACAACUGGAAGCAUUCUUGAAGGAUACUGAUUCUCUCGACCUCUUGCAUUCUGGGUGCUGACCUUGUUUGAGACUGAAUCUGCUUUGGUCUCCCUGCUCAGAGAAUUGUAGAGUUGGACGGGACCCCAAGGGUCAUCCAGUCCAACCCCCUCCAAUGCAGGAAUCUUAGCUAAAGCAUCCAUGACAGAUGGCCAUCCAGUGUCUGCUUUAAAGCCUUCAUGGAAAGAGAAAAAACAAGUUUAGCUCCAUAUUUGAAGAUGGCUAUCAUACCUCAUCUUACUCUCCUUUUUUCCAGGCUAAACAUACCCAGCUCCCUCAACCGUUCCUCAUAAGGCUUGGUUUCAGCACCCCGGUCAUCUUGGUUGCCCUCCUCUGCACACAUUCCAGCUUGUCAAUAUUCAUCCUAAAUUGUGGUGCCCAGAAUUGGAAACAGUAUUCCUGGUGUGGUCUGACCAAGGCAGAAUAGAGUGCUACUAUUACUUCCCUUGAUCAGGACGUUAUACUUUUGUUGAUGCAGCCUAGAAUAGCUUUUUUUGCUGCUGCCGCACACUGUUGACUCAUGUUAAGCUUGUAGUCCACCAAGACUCCUAGAUCCUUUUCACAUGUGACUCUUGGUUAUCAUACUCGGUCUCUCAGCAGCUUUUUAUACUAUUGACCAUGGUAUCCUUCUGGACCAUCUCUCCCUUAAUUGCAAGAUGUCAAGUACAUUUUAUUUGUUACUCCACUCCUUUAGGUGCGCCUCCUGAUGAAAGGCUACUCUUUAAUUAGGGAGAAUGCUCCUCGAAUACUUUCCUUUACACCACAGAAGACAAGUGAGUGACUGUUUUCUACAAUAAUUGUACAGCUGUGGGGAUGAAGGCACCCUCCCUUCUUCCUGUUCUGAGAGUUGGGUUCUGUGACAUGGAGACAAUUCAAAGACCUGUUCUAGUUUAGAAGAAUGUGUGUAUGGGCCUCCCCAUGUUUUGCAAGAUUGCCAGUACCAUGCAACUUGUCAGUCUUCUAAUGCUUAUUGGAAUAGGAGUACACAUCUUGCAAAGGAAAUAAGAGAAUCCUGGGUUUAGUGGAACAGGGGAAAGUGCUCUGACAAUAGGGGGCUUAUUUGGGGUGGGAGGGCAUUAAACCUGGGGUGGACUAGAGAUGAGGGGCUUGUCACAGACUUGCCUUAUUCAUUGUAAAAAAAAAAAGUAGAAUAAGAAUGGCAUACAAACCAUCUCAUUGGACUGAGAAAUUCUAUAAAUGUAUUACUGCUAAACUCAAGCAUUAAUGAACAGUUUGAGACCCAUAGAAAAUAGGAUGGAACCCUGUGGGUUUGUAUUUUAGUGUGUGGCAUUAUCUGGUACUAAACGACUCUCUCCCUUCUGCUUUUUCAGACACCAUCCAAGUUCCUAAAGUUUCCCAGUACCUGUAUUUCCUCUUUGCUCCCACCCUUAUUUACAGAGAUGCCUAUCCCCGGUAAUGUCAAUGUAGUUGCUCCAUUGUGACUUGGCAAUUCUUAUAGCCAUUGUGAUGGUGAGGUUGGGCUGGAUGCAUGCUUCAUAACGGAGGGCAUAACACACAGGUUGGGAACCUCAGGCCCAGGGGGCAGGUGCAGUCCUCUGCAGUGGCGUAGCAUGGUGGGGUCACAGUCACAGUUGCCCUGAGCGCAAAAUUGUUAUGGAUGCAAAAGUUUAACACUCGGGGCAGCCUCAAUAUAACUGCACAUUCUGUCGCUGGGAUCCAUUGAAAACAGCUUCUCCAUGCGAACCAGGAGGGACCUCUCUAGACCAUAGAACGACUCUUCUUAUGUCUCUUGGGCGAUGCGGAUAGUAUUAGGCAGUUGAAUGUGUUUCCCUCCCUCCCACCCAACCCCUCUGCACGGCCCCAGGCAACCCACGCUACACCACUGGCCUCUGAGCCUCUCUAUCUAUUGCAUUACCCACUUUUGCCUCCGGCCCCAUCCACCACUGGGUCUCUAACUUAACUCAUGGUCCCGAAUUUCUAUGGGUCUUCUCUGAGUAAAGGUUAGUUGAAGACAACCAUUUGUUUCUCUGAAUUUUCCCAGAGCAGGCCUAGUAGGAUCCAAAAUGCAUUGGUUCAAUGCAUAUCUCUUUUGAGCACACCAGAGCUUUUUGCUUCUGGUUCCAAUGAGUCUGACCAUUUUGGCUUUAAGAUAUUCCACUGUUCAUGGGUUUUGAUGGGAUUUUUAUAUAUAAGGUUCUAGAGUUCCUUUGUAGAAGUUGCUGUGUUAUACAGGGUUGUCUUUCUAUUUUCCAUGGUAUUCCACAUUCUCCAAUCUGUAUAUCCUAUUGCCCUCAACUACUCCUUUCCUUCUUUAUGCAAAAUAACAAACUGAUUUAAAAAAUAGUAAUGCAGCUGCACAUUUAGUAAAACAUGCCAUUUGAGCAAAAUCAUAACUAGCAAACAGACUUUCUUACAUUACAUAUUUGCUGUUCUGGAAUAGAAAUUGGAUUGUGUUUACUGCAGACUACAUCAGCUUUGCUGUUAUUUUUUAUUGCACUUAUUAAUUGCUUUCAUCAUGGAAAGUAAUUCAAAGUAAUUCAAAAUUCUCGCAAAUUAGGUUUCAGUUGAUGCCAAGCAAGCUCUUGUCUUGAAUUAGAGGUAAUGACUGUGAUUUCUUUUUCUUUUCAGAAAUCCUACAAUAAGAUGGAGCUAUGUAGCUACCAAGUUUGCACAGGUUAGAUAUUGCUCUUCCUUUUGGGAUUCCUGUGUUUCUGCAGAUAAUUAUACAGCCUUGAAAGCUGAUAAAAAUAUGUACUAGCCUACUGGAGUGCACAAGCCUGUAUUACUUAUUUUUAUUUUGGCAUUAAGAAAUAGAGACAAUGCUUUCUGAAAAUUUCUGAAUUGCAUCCUAUUCCCUUAGAUUUGGAUCACUGAAUGAAUAAUUACCCCUAAACUAAUGACAAACACACCUACCCAUUAUAAGAUAAAUAAAACAGUUUUGUUUCUCUGAAGACAGGAUGUAAUAGUUCUAAACAACAAGUCUUCCUAAACCAAUUUUUAACCAAUGUCUGUGUGCUAGUCUUCUUAUCAACCGUGAACGUCUUCCUAAGUUUAUAAAAUUAUGAACAGUGUAUAGUGUAUUUUUAUAUUGCCGAGUGGAGCAGAUCAGCUAAUUUCAAGCAAGGUCGUAUUUCUCAAAUGGAGAUGUAGUCCUUCUCUGGGCUGGGCUAGCCGUGCAGUGUCACAUAUCCUAAAAGUUCAAAGGACGAAUCUUGGAUAAAAAGAUAGUCUGUUAAUCAGUCUCUACUUGUGGAAUGAAACCGCUCCCACGGCAGCUGCUGUCAGUAAAUCAGGUGUUCCACCUGGGCCCCUCCACAUAUACACAUGCCAGCAGCGCACCUACCCAGGCCUCCCAACUGCUGGCAUGGUAAUUCUGCACAUGGUGGAGCCCACGUGGAAUGCCGUUUAUCUGAAAGAAGCACGGACUAUCGUCGUGGCACUGAAAUCUUUGGUCAGCUGUUGCCUACGGCUGCAUACACACCAGACAUUUAAAGCACUUGGCUCCUCCCACAAAGAAUCUUGGGAACUGCAGUUUAUUAAGGGUGCUGGGAAUUAGAGCUCAGGGGGGGUUUAAAGUGCAUUUCUGAAGAUUCUUUGGGGAAUGUCAUGUGCGUUAAAUGUAUGAUGUUUACUUAGCUUAGAUCUGUGCAUAUUGGUAACUGGGAUCAGCUUUCUCUCUUACGGAUUCCUCCUGUGCUACUUUUAUAAUCAGGGGCUUUUGUUUUUACUCCUGUCUAGGUCCUUGGGUCACUCUUCUAUACUUACUAUAUAUUUGUGAGACUCUGUAUACCUACAUUUCGGAACUAUAAGGAGAAUUUAAAUGUACGAGGGCUGGUCCUUUGCAUUUUCAACUCUAUUCUUCCAGGUGAGUGCUUCUGUGCCCCUUUUAAUUCUGGAAUUUUUCUAAGCAACAAAUAAAUAAUCAGAUACAGUGGUUAUAUUGGCAACAACUGGCAAAGUAUGGCCUGUUGGAUAUAUGAUCUUAGCUUUGUGGUUCCCUGACUUGUAGGGUUCCUGAAAACCUGUUACUGGGGCAAUAGCUGAAGCUGAGCGUGAAUCUCACUGUUCUGAGAGAGAACAUGGGACGUUGCCUUACACUGAUCAGACCACUGGCCCAUCUAGCUCAGGGUCGUCCACACUGACCAGGAGUGGAUCUCCAGGGUUUCCAGACAAGGAACAUUUCCUGGCUCUACCUGGAGAGGCUGCAGAUUGACCUUUUGCAUGCGCUCACUACCACUGAGCUACUGCUCUUCUCUCUGAACACCUUUUGCAGUAUGUUCCUUAGUAACAUCAGUCCUGGUAGACUGGAGAAGGUGCGAUCCUGCUUCAUCCAACUCUGCUUUUUAGUCUUGUGUUGGGGAUGCAAGCAGUUGCUAGUUUCUGAACUCAGUUCAAAGUGCUGGUUUUGACCUAUAAAUCCUCAUGUGGCUCAGGACCCCAACACCAGAAGGGCUUCCUCUCUGCUGGUGAACCAGCCUGGUCACUGCAUAAAUAUCUUAGGGAGGAGUGGAGGGUGGAACAUGGAAACGGACCCUUUUAGCGGUGGCUCCCUGCUUGUAGAACGCGGUCCCCAGGGAAGAGUGCCUGGCUCCAUCAUUGUCUGUUUUAGAUGCCAGUCAAAAAACAGACAAUGGUUCCUAAUGGGAGGGUAAUCAGUUAUUUACAUGCCCUUUCUUGGGCUCACAUUUUUCAGUAGGGUGGGUAGGAUUUGUUGCAUUUUAAUACAGUGGUACCUCUGGUUACGUACUUAAUUGGUUCUGGAGGUCUGUUCUUAACCUGAAACUGUUCUUAACCUAAAGCACCACUUUAGCUAAUGGGGCCUCCCGCUGCUGCCGCGCCGCGGCGGUGUGAUUUCAGUUCUCAUCCUGAAGCAAAGUUCUUAACCCAAGGUACUAUUUCUGGGUUAGCGGAGUCUGUAACCUGAAGCGUCUGUAACCUUAAGCAUCUGUAACCCAAGGUACCACUGUAUAUAGAUUGUUGCAUGGGCACUUCAGGUCAUGUUUUGUUACUGCUUUUAUAUUUGAUUUUAAUGUUUUUGGUCCUAUUUUUCUUAUGUAAGUUGCUUUUGAGAUACUUUGAUAUAGUGACAACUAUGUUAAAUAGUAAUAAUGUCAUUAUGAAUGAUAUUAACCUAAAAUACAUAUUUUCCUCGCUGCUCUCCAGGUGUAUUGAUGCUGUUCUUGGUCUUUUUUGCAUACCUUCACUGCUGGCUGAAUGCUUUUGCUGAGAUGCUGCGCUUUGCUGACAGAAUGUUCUACAAGGUAAUUGAUGUACAAGGCUCAUGCUAUCUCUCUCACUCAACACAACACACACAGAAGUAUUUGCUAUCAGUUUUAGAGUGUACCUUGGUUCGUGGAACCCUCCAUUUGCUAGAAAUGUCGAGAGAGAGAGAGAGAGAGAGAGAGAGAGAGAGUCAUUUGGCCAUUGAUGAGGUUUCUCCUGCCUAGAGAGGCCGAUCAGAUACCAUCAGUUUUCUGGACAACCUGUUAAUACAUUCCUUUACCUCUGGUGAAAAAGGGAGCCUGUGCCUUUUCUUCUGUUGACUUUUCUGAUUCACAAGCAUUUGUUGCUAUGUGUUGUAUUUCUGUUGCUGGGCUUUUUGCAUAGUAUUUUAACCUUGCUGUGACUUUUAAACAAAUGUAAAUGGUUUUGAGUAUGGUGUCAUUGAAGAAAAGUAUGCCCAUAAAUUAUUUAGCAGAACUCACCUGCAGCCUUCUUUUAGUGUUGGCAUAUACUGGCGCCUUUAAAUGUUCGCAAUAAAGCGUUGCUAUAUUUCUUUUGGCACCUGCUAAAAACAUUUUGCCUAUCCAGACACGUAGAAAUUGAAAUGUGUCUUAAUAUGUUUUAGCUUAUCUGCUGAUUUUCUCUGAUGUUUUAAACUUUUAUUGGCAAUUUUAAUGCCUUAUGUAUAAUGCUCAGAGGUUCUAUUUCUAGUCAAGCAGUAUAUAUAUACAUGUUGUUAAAUAAAUGAAUAAUUCCAAGGGAUCAUACAAAUGUGUGUUCUGAUCCUGCUGCUGCUUCCACUUGGGGCCAUUAAUGAUUAGUUUGAGCAGUUUAGAGGACAGUGAUAGAAAAGGCCUCUGAAUUUCAGCUACCUUCUAUAUUUCUCUUUUCUGAAUGUGGUUUGCAGGUUGCCCCCACCUACAUUGAAUUACUGUUCAUGUAGAGAAAAUGUCACAUUUGAAUUAGCUCUGAUCAUUUUGGAUCUGAGCCUUGGAGACCUAGUGUAGCUACAAAUACUGGGACACCAGUGACUGAUUCUCAGGGUGGCUGUUUGGGAAGGAGGAGGUUAGGAUUUAAUGCCUGCAAAUGAGCUCUUGGGGAAUUUCAGUUAUACAUUGCAACAGUUCACCAGAUGUUCACAGAGAUUGUAUUGCCAAUUGCUCUAAAACACUUGAGUAGCAGGAAUGCACUUGGCACUUUGAUCCUGCAGCUUUAAACACUGUCUCUAAGGUCUCUGCUCUUUUUACUUCCCUGAUCCUCUCUUGCAGGACUGGUGGAAUUCUACAUCUUAUGCAAAGUAUUACCGAACAUGGAAUGUGGUGGUGCAUGAUUGGCUGUAUUACUAUGCAUACAAAGAUUUCCUUUGGGUAAGAAACCAUCUUUUAAUGCACCCCCUUGCUUCAGCUCUAAAAGAAAGCCAUUUUUUAAAAGGAAUGGCAGAGAUCUUUACAUUUCCCCCACAAAAUGAUUUUAUUAAAGUUUUAAUGUAAAGGAGAAUUACACAACAUGUAAAAUACCUAGUCACUUUACCCAUACAGAGAUCUGACAGAAGGUGGAAAGAGAGAAGCUUGUACUUAUGCAGUCUGGUUUGUAUCCAGUAUUUGGGAAGUCACUUUUUUUUUUACCAGUCUACCACCAAUUUCACCCCUCUAUGCCGUAUCCCACACUGUUCCAGCUCUCACGUUAAGUGUUUGUGGGGCUGCAUUGAGUAGGAGGGAUCAGCAAAAAUGAGCUGCCCUGCCUUGUGCAAGUAGAAGUCCUUUUGACAGAGCAAGGGCUGGAGACAACCCUCCCUGUGCAAUAAAUGUGAAUGGGCAAUUUAAGGGUGGUUAUCACAAGCUGUUCACUGUUGUUUUUGAAAAUUGGAUAUCCUCUGAUACAUUCACCUAUCAGAGAGUCACCCUUCCCCUUGUUUGUCUGUGUCUCUCUCUCACCACCAGUUAUUUGGGAAGAAAUUCAAAGCAGUCGCUAUGCUGUCGGUCUUCACUCUUUCUGCUAUUGUGCACGAAUACAUCUUGGCCGUCUGCUUUGGUUACUUCUAUCCGGUCCUGUUCUGCCUCUUCAUGUGUUUUGGAAGUAAGUACCAAAUAUAUCUUUCAGCAGCAGCAGUUUCUGAAAAUACUGAGAGUUGGCUUUUAGCUGCCAUCUGUACUUAACGUUCUAAGGUGCAGGAGAUUUGUGUUGCAGCCUGCCCUAGCAUUUGCACCCUAAAACCCGGAAGCCUCUCAUGACCCCAGUUAAAUAGCCAUUUUCUGAGACUGAUCAUGGUCAGAGUAGGAGAGAGGUCUUUCUUCGCUUGGCCGAGGAGUAAGGACUUCUAAUGCUCCAAACUGUAAUUUGUGACUUUCUCAACGUCUCAUGAGAUGAUCAUUAACAUGCAUUUUGAGUACAUUUUAAUUUUCUUCCGUCAGUGGUUUUCAACUUCAUUCUCAAUGACCGUCGGAAAGGCCCCAUUUGGAAUGUGUUCAUGUGGAGUACGCUCUUCCUUGGUCAGGGUGUCAUACUUACCCUCUACAGCCUGGAAUGGUAUGCUUAUAAGCACUGCCCUUUGAAAAAUGUGAGUAUCCUACUUGUCAUUGGAAAUAAGAGGAACAGAGCUGAGCUGCUAUUCUGGACUAUUCAGUCAAGGCCUAAGAUGUGAAUGUGAAAUUCGAAAACCUCUUUCAGAUUUUUAGAAGGUUGCAUUCUGCCCAGAAUAGCUACCGUAGAGGUUUCUUUCUAACAGGGUCAGCAAAAAACAACAACUUUGAAACUUCCUCCAUGUCUUUUUAUAUGAAUACUGUAAAUUUAUGAGCUAGUUUCUGCCCUUCUGGAGAGAUGAAAGCCAAAGGUUCUUAGAGGGUGGAAGGGGGCAGUAAAGAAGGGAGGGAGAGGAAGGUAAUGGAAAAGAGUGAAAGGCCUUAGUGGUUUCUUCAUUCUACUUGCUGUGUUCUCUGCAUCUUUGGAUCUGCAGGGUUCAAACAAAGAGAAUUCACGACAUCUUUGCCACAUUUAAUAUGCAGUGCUCACUACCUUUCCUUAUUUAAUAUGCAGUGCCAGUUCAGCCCACAUGCAUAUGCAUAACCCCCUGGGGCUGGUUCUUGGACUGUUGAGGCCUCAUAGUAGCUGGAGCCAAGUAGGACUGUAGUUUCAGGAUUGCGGACACCUUAGCAAUUCUGCUUGACCUGGAAGACCUGCCAUUCAGAGAGUUAAAGCUCUUUGGGUGAAGCUGCCCUGAAGGGAGGUCUUAUUGGGAAGGGCAAGCCUUCACACACACACACACACACACACACCUGCACCCCACUUCUAAUUGCCUAGAUUGGCUGUUGCAAGUUGGGUGGCCGCCCAGGCUUGAGAGACAGCAAAGUAAAACAUUUAGGUUUCAUCACUGGCAUUUGUUCACAUGGCUAACGGAUAACUCUACAGAAGUGAAAGUGCCCAGCAUUUCCUGCCUAACAUUACUGUUCCUCUUGUGUUUUAUAGCCCACUUUCCUUGACUAUGUGAAACCGCGUUCCUGGACUUGCAAUCUUAAGUUCUGA